AUGACUUUAGAUUUUGGUUUAUAUGCUAAUUCUUCUAACUCGUCCUAUAAUAGUACAAAAAAUAAUAUGAAUCUUUAUAGACCUCCACAAACGCAUUUAGACAAUGAAAAACCUCUCCAUAUUAAUCAUCAUAUUCAUAUCAACAAUAAUAAUCCCAAUAUAAACAACAUGGACAAUAUGACAACUCCAGUUAGAUCCUCUUUCUCAAGUUAUCAAGACAAUAAAAAUUUUACAACACUGUCCCCAACUAAUAUUUUAUCAACAAAUUUGAAUAACAGUAACAUGACUUCACCUAAGUUACAAUCCCCAACUUUACAAACGAAUCAACAUCAGUAUUCGAAUUUAUUGAAAUCGAUAUGUAAUCCCUGUGUAACCACGUCAUUUAAACCAAGAGAAAACCAAUUUACUAAACCUAAAGGUUGUCAUUUAAUCUCUUCAAUGGAAUUGGGUAAGAUCCUUUCUAAUAAAAAUGACAAAGAUUUAUUAAUAUUUGAUACAAGACCAUACAGUGAUCGAUCUAAAUCAUAUAUUGGAAACUCUUUACAUAUAAGUUUACCUUCCACUUUACUAAGAAGAAAAAAUUUCACUUUGGAGAAAUUGAUUGAAAGUUUACCUCUUAUAGAACAAAAUAUCAUAUUCGAUAAAUUAGAGAGUCCAAACUUGGAAAUUGUAUUAUAUAAUAAUACUUCAAAUCAGACUGAUUCUAAUAUAUCAUUUGCAUUAGCAUGUAUCGCAAUUAAAAUCUUAAAUUAUCAUAAAUUUUUAAACUGUGAUCGAAAUAUGGUAUUGAUUCUGGAAUCUGGGUUUCCUCAUUUCGAAAAAUUAUUCCCUGAAUUUAUUGUCACAGAAGUACACAAACCUUCAGACCUAACCCUUUCUACUAAUAAUUUUUCUACCAACAAUGAUCCCUCAACCUCUUUUAAUUCUUCUUCUAAUAAGAUUUCUCCAUUUAGUGAAUCCUUCCACCAAGUUAAUAGUUCAAACUUUGAUUUUGAUAAAUGUUUGACACCUCCUCUUCCCUCAUUAAUAAGCUCUAAUGAAAAUACUAUGAGUGAAUCGCCAGUAUCAUCUUCAUCUCCAAUAUCUGCAUUAUUUAAAUUUCAACUUCCUACUUCCCAAACUAUACAAAAACCACUAUUUAAAUUUGCUCAAAAUGAAGAAAUAAUGAAUCUAGAAUCUUAUUUAAGUGCUGUGAAUAUUAAUGAAGAGAACCAGAGAUUAAAUAGUGAUAUCUUGAACGCUGCCAAUUUACAAGAAUUUCAAUUUCCAAAAAGAUUAUCACCUGAAUCUGGCACUUUUAAUAAAGCUUCCAAUAAAGAUUCUACUAAUUCCAUGUCACAAGCACAAGAUAAAUUGAAUGUCCAAUUAAAAUAUGAAAAAUUAUUGCAAGUUUAUCCACUACAUAUAAUUGAUUACUAUAUCCCGAAAUGGUUCCAAAAAUUAAUGAUUAGACCUAAAAUACAAUUUAUUUUACAAUAUCAAAAGCUUGAUAUUUUAGAAAAAAAAAGAUUGAACAGUUCUAUAUCUAAAAACACUCCCGUUUCUACCAAAUGUUGUACAAGUACCUAUUAUAAAGACUUACAUAAGACGUCUGGAUCAGAUGCAGGAUUUACUUCACCAUCGAAUAACAAACUAAAAGGGUAUAGAACAAGAUCCCUGUCACAGCCUAAUAUUUAUUCUGCCAUAAGAAAGCAUUCAUGGUUAAAAGAUCUGGACUCAGAUGAUGAAGAUGAAAAGGAUCGUAUAAUUAUUUCAUCAGGGGUUGAAUUAGGAAAUAAAAAUCGAUAUAAGGACAUUUUCCCAUAUGAACAUACAAGGGUCCACUUGAAGAAAGCAUCGUUUGAUAAUAAUAUCUUAAAUAAUUCAAAUACAAUAUCUGAGGCGAAAGGAUGGAAAGUUGAUGAUGCUAAUAACAGCAUAGAAGAAGAAGAGGAAGAAAAAGAAGAAGAUUUAGCCAAUACAUAUAUUAAUGCAAAUUAUCUGCAUGUUCCUGAUUUAGAUUUAACAGAUACACCACCAACUACAUCAAUUAAUAAUAGCUCAUUUAAGGUUCGUUAUAUUGCUACACAAGCUCCCAUGUAUUCUACAGUUCAUGAUUUUUAUACAUGUAUUUUAAAUGAUAAUAUUCCAUUAAUUUUAGCAUUAACCAAUAAUAUUGAAAAUGGUAUAGAAAAAUGUUUCAAAUAUUGGAAAGAAGAGAACUAUGACGGCAUUAAAGUUAAAUUAUUAGAAGAAACCAAUUUAUCUAAUUCUAUGAUAAUAAGACGAAUAAAAUUAACUUAUGACCUUGAUGCAAAAUCAUAUCAAUUGUUACAAGUUCAGUUAACAAAUUGGCCAGAUUUAGGUAUCGUAAAAACUUCCAAAGAUGUAAUACAAUUAAUCAAUUUGAAAAAUGUAGUAAUUUCCAAAUUACGUGAAUCAAAACAUUGGUCGUACAUGUCCACCCCAACUAUUUUGGUCCAUUGCUCUGCUGGAUGUGGUAGAACAGGUACAUGGUGUACCAUUGAUUCAAUACUAUCCAAUUUAUCCACUUUUAAUUUUCUCCAGAAUUUUUAUACCUCUUCAAUAUCUGUUUAUGACCCAAUUUCAUGGAUAAUUAACAUUUUCAGAAAACAAAGAAUUUCUAUGGUUCAAAAUAUUAACCAAUUUUUAUUCAUUUAUGAUUGCUUAUUGUAUUAUUUUACAUUGCAAAUAAAUGAUGAUUCUGUGGUGAAAAGAAUGGAAGAUAACAUUGAUGAUAAAAAAUUAUUUGUACGUACAUCAUUGAAUGAAUUACUUAAAGAUAUUGAAAAUUUGCCAAUUUUACAUAAUUUUAUAGAUGCGAAAAUAUCUACAUUAUAA